GAUGUUUUCUUUUCUUCUCAUCCCUGACCACAGCAGGGAAAACCCUAAAAUCCCAACCUUGGAUAUCAUGCUCGGCGAAGACGGAAUUCACGGAAGAGGACUUCUCCGAAGUAAAUUCACGUAUCGUUAAGAAUUGGAUUUUACUCUGUCGAAGCAUUUCGCUCGGCAAGGCAUUUUGCCCUUGUUCACACCUAAGUCCACAGCUGUGAGAUGCGAUCAGGAUCGAAAUUGCUGGGAAAACGGACGCCAAACGGCAAUGUUUGCUCUCAAUGUGCGUGCAGCGAGCACAAUCCCCGCAAGGGCGAAGAACUUCACGGAGUCUGUGAUGUUGUUCGAUUUAAGUUUUCUUCUUUGGGUUUACCCAGCUGUGCUUCUUUAGGUCGAGGUUUUUUUAUUGCGGGGUUUUGGGGUUUGGGUGUUUCGUCGUGUGGGGAGCGGGAGGAGAAGAGAGUACAGUAGAGUUUGAGUAGAGCUGGAGACGUGGAGAGAUGGCGAGACGACCUCCGAUGCACUUACUACGCCUCCAGGGAUUUUCUAUCUUUCAUCAGUUGAAGCUGGAGGAGCGGCUUCUGCGGACCACGUCGCAAAAUUGGUGUCUUAUCAAUGAGGGUACCAGCCCCCCAGCAAUCGUUAUGGGCAUCUCAGGGAAGCCGGAGCAGUUGCUGGAUGUGAAGGCUGUGAUUCGAGAUGGUAUAUCCGUAAUUCGUCGAUUCAGUGGUGGAGGCACGGUCAUAGUGGACGAAAAUACAGUCUUUGUAACUCUGAUCUGUGGGGGUGAUUCAGUUCCUAUUCCGAAGUUGUAUCCUCGGCCCAUCAUGGAUUGGACUGAGGAGCUUUACGUCCCUGCUUUUCGAUCAAUUCCAGGUUUCCAGCUUCGAGAGCACGAUUAUGUGUUUGGUGAUAGGAAGUUCGGCGGCAACGCUCAGUCUAUCACUAGGGGCCGAUUUCUUCACCACACAUCCUUCUUGUGGGAUUACCAAGAUGCUCGAAUGGCGUAUUUGCGGCACCCGGAUAGGGCUCCUGCAUAUCGUGUGAAUCGGCAACAUUCGGAUUUCAUUUGCCGCUUGAAGGACCACCUCCCUUCACGUGAGGUUUUCGUGGAUUCUAUUGUUCAUGCAUUCGACCAUCAGUUUUCACUCGAAGAAACCGACCUGGAUGCAAUUCAAAAAACACUGACAGAUGUGCCUCAUCUGAACAGUACCUAUGUUUUGUCCACUUGCCAACUUGAAGAAUCAUUAACACAGAAGCAAUAAAUUUUGUUUCUGAUCACAUCAUAGAAUCUAUCAUCUUUCUUCAGUUUUUGUUUCGACUCUCGGAACUGGUUGUCUGUUUAGUAGAAAUCAAGGUUAUUUGCAGUUUGAGGUCACUUAAUGCUGUAGGUACUGGUACAUGCUUCUGAUCUACGACAUUCGAGUAUUCUGAUUGGAUUGUGUUGCCAUAUUGUUCUCUAGUUCUGAGGUUUAAUAAAUUGGGCAACUCAUGCUAAGGAAGAUAUCAGCUUUAUGUAAUAGGAUAACGGAUUUCAGACUUCCUUGAGAAGUUUUAGAUAAAUUUAUAGCUGUUUCAUAUA